GAAAUUAGAAUGUACUAUAUAGUCUGAAAGAGAAUAAUGAAUAUUAAUAUUAGUUUAAUGCAAAACUAAUUAUUGUCUAGACUAGUCCUAGUUGUACUAAGUAACAAAAGACCAAUAAGAAUACAAGAAAUUAUGCCUGAUCUGAGUGUUCAAAUUAUUUAUAAUUAUUCCUUAAAAUACAUUACACGUGUAACUUGCUGGCUGCUGGCACUCUUUCAAAUAAAAUAAAGCGGAACGCUGCGUUUAUCCCAGAAUAGUUGAAUGUGUUUGUGGGAUGUUAUUACAUAAGUGUUAAAAAGUGCAAUAAACCGAGUUUCAAAGUGGAAAAUGUCUGUCUGGAGUAAAAAUGCUGCAGUAACGAUUUUCAAGAAGUAUCCUCUACUUCGGGGUAUGGGCUCUUAUGGUAUCAUUUGGCCCAUUUCUAGCUUUAUACAGCAAACUUUUGAGGGCAAAAGUUUCGAAUCAGAAAACAGAUAUGAUUGGUGGAGAUGUGCUCGUUAUGGUCUGUAUGGCUCCUGCUAUGUGGCUCCAACAAUUUACACCUGGUUUACUAUUGCGAGUGUAGUGUGGCCUGGUACCACAUUUAAAGUGGCACUUAUAAAGACAUUUGUUGAAACAAUAACUUACACCCCAUUUGCAAUGUGCAGCUUUUAUUUUGGCAUGAGUUUAUUGGAAAGAAAAUCGUUUGAUGAAGCUGUUACAGAAGUAAAAACAAAAUUUUGGCCUACAUAUAAAGUUGGAGCUUCUGUUUGGCCUGCUGUUGCUAUGUUCAAUUUUUAUUUCAUAGCUCCAAAGAACAGGGUACCCUUUAUCAGUAUUUGUAGUCUCAUAUGGACUUGUUUUUUGGCUUAUAUGAAACACUUAGAUGCGGAAAAUAUACCUUUAAAAUUAAAAGACAAAUCUGCCAGGUUAAAUGCUUGAAACAUGGCUAUAUGAAUAAUUUGAUUAAUUAUUAUUAUUUUAUAAUCUAUCACAUAAGUGUUGUAUGAUUUGAUACUAGAAUAUUAAAAUAUGAAGAGCAUGAGCAUAUCCAGAAUAAAGCACAUUAAUCAAGUUUGACCAUAAUAAGGUAUUUUUAUAACAAAAAAAUACAGCUGGGAUUGUUUAUACAGAAAGCUAAAAACCCAAUGCAAAAUUAAAAUAUUGCAAUAGUGAAAGAGUAAUUGUGCAAUAUACCAAACAGGCAUGACACCAAAAUUGCCAAAAUUGAAAUGUUUUGUAAUUUUGGAAAACUACGAAAUGUGUAGUUUAAGCAAGGUGUUCUUAAAUAUUAGGACUUCCUUAAUUUUAAGGGCCGAUCAAAUUAUAAGGGUAAGUCUUGUAUUACUUCUUGGCAUUUUUAUUUUUGGUGUUGUGCCAUGUGCGUCUUAAGGCCUGGGAUGGCUAUUCCAAUAUGGAAAAAUUAAAAUUUAAUUGUUUUUUUAUUUGUAACAAAAAUACUGUCUGCUUGUGCUAACAUUCCAUUCAGCUAAGCAAGAUAAUAAUCAUUUUCUCUAAAGUAAUAACUAAAUAUUUUGGUUUACAACACAUUUAACGCUUUUUAUCUAGCUAUGCUUAUAAAGCUCUAGGUAAUGAUCUGUAUAGAUAAAUAAUAUUUAAUAUUUGGUAUUAAUAACAACAGUAUUAUAUAAUUUAUUUAGAGAGAUUUGGUAUGUGUUAUAUGAUAAAAGCCAAUAAAAAAAUACAUAGCUGAGGUAUGAAAUAAAUAAUUUCCAAAACCUUGUAUUGAUUGAUAAAGAUAUCAAUGCAAGUCUAGUUUGGUGCCUUUUAUGUAAUUUAUUUUAUUACUUGUGAAAAUUGUGAUACAGGUAUUGAGUUAAAAACUUCUUAAAUAAAGUCAUAAGUGUACUGUAUUGUAACAUAAUCUGAAUUAUUGCUUAAAAGUCAAGAAGCGAACCCAAUGAUUGAAAGGGUUUGAACCCUACCCAUUACACUAUUGGGCCUAAUUGUAUUGUACACAAUCUCUAAACUGAAAUGACAGAUCAAAAGGUAUUGCUAUCCCUUUCAUAAUGAUUCCUGCGAAAAAGGGUACCACUUUUAUAUCUGCCAAUUCAGUUUAGGUAUUGUAUAAAUUCUGUGUCUUCAUUGUAUAUGUCGUGGCCAGAUAGUAGAUCUGCCCAUUUCAUGAAAUAGUGGCAUUUCAUGAAAUAAUUAAUAAGCACUGACAUGGCUCAUGGCCAUGUCCAGGAUUUAUGUAUUUCAGGAGGGGGUUUAUUAAUGCCUUAACCUGAAUGCUUUGAACUUAGACAGGGUGAAUAAUGCACUCGCGCGCUCUUGUUUAUUGUUGUAGUCUAUCUUACUUUCAAAUUGAAAGGUAAAGUUAGGAUGAUGCAUAUAUGUCAAAAAUAAAUAAUUUAUUACGAAUUAAUAAAUAGAGGGUCUUCCAAAAUUUGUAAAAUCACUUCCACUAUUAGUUUUAAGUUUGCUAACCUUUUUAAAUUAUCAGUUUAACUAAAAAAAACUGCGUCAAACGUUUAUUACGUCACAUCUAAAGCUCCCUUUGCCUUACUAAGCGAGCAUGUAAAUGUUCCAUAAAAAGUCGCUGAAUUGACUAGUAGUCAGUCAUCAUCCCUCUACUUAGCCCUCAAAUCGAGCAAAACUUUUUUUUUCGUGAAAUGUUUUGAUUAAGGCCCUGAUAAAACCCCGCCCGAAUUGAUAUUCCUAGCUACGGCCCUGUUAGUGCUUGUUCACUUUUCCAUGAAAUGCUACUAUUUCAUGAAUUAGUCAAGCUCUUCAUGAAAUUGGUUUAUGGUAAAACGAUUUUUACGAUAAACCUAAUGCCCGUGACUUCGUUCACGUGGAUAUAGGUUUUUAAAAAUCCCUUUUAAAAUACCUAUAUAUCCACUUUCCAAGGCGUUCCUUAAAAGUCUCAUAGAUGGCGCUGUGUAUGCCCUUCCAAGUAGCAAAAGGAUGCUACUUUUUGUUAUGAAAAAAUUAAAGAGUCCCCACGGGAUAACCUAAAUCCAAGCGAACGAAAUUGACCGACUUUCCUUGUAAAUUUUUAAGGAACGGGCCCUGGAAAGCUCCACAUUGUGAUUUUUGACAUGCACUUAUCUAGUUAUUGAUCUGUGGGACCAUUCCACGUAGGCAUAAAUUAGUAUGGUACCUACCUAGUUAGUUAAUAAAUUAUUGUGAUUUAGCUUAUAGGUAUAUACCCAUAAUUAUUACUACGAGGUAUUAUGUUGUUUUAUUGUUAAAAAAAAGAAAGUUAAACUUAUAAA